GUUGAUCGCGUACCGUCGCGACAACGAGGAGAUCAACGACUACGAAGUCCCGGCCCGGUUCCGGGCCUUGGUCCGGAAGAUGGAGAAGGCUCUUCAAGCAGUUGGGUCCGAAGGCAAGGUCCCUCAGGAAGUUUACGGCUGGUUCUUGCUGAACAUCUUCAUGCGACUCGAGGCCUCGGACACGGCAAACGUUCGGGGCACGGCCAAGAGUGACAAGCUUGAGGAUGUGAUGUCCGCCCUGCGCGCAAUGUGGUCAGGAGCAAGCUUGGCUCAGCGAGAUGCGGAUGGCGAGCUCUUCGACGACGAGGAGACCACGGACAUGGAAGAGGCAGCCACUUGGUAUCAAGAGGAAGCACGCCGUGCCUUGGACAAGGCCAAGACGGCUCGAGGCUACUAUCCCGUACAGAAUCCGAAUGGAGGCAAAGGCUCCUACGGUGCGGCAAGAAAGGGCACAUCGCACGGAUAUGCCCCCAAAGACCUUCAUACGGCGCCAAUGGGCUCCACAACUGCGGAGACCGUCCCCGCGGAUGCAGGAGUGUGUCUCGCAACCUGGACGACCAGUGAGCAGGCCGGGCUUGGCACAGAGGCGACCAGGACUGGGCUUGUGCAAGCCCACAUGGUGGAGGGCGGCACACCCUUUCUCCUUUCGUCGAAGUUCCUGUGCGACAUGGAUGCCACGAUCAACUUUCGAUCUGGAAUAGCCAUCUUCAAGCGGUUGUCAGAUCAGCAGUUUCGGCUGGAGCGAAGUCCCAGCAACCACCUCUUGCUGCCCUUGACAGCCUUUGCAGGUCGUGAAGAUGUACUGAGCCAGAUCUGGGUCACAGCGCAUGAUGAAACUGUAGCCGAGCUGAGCAAAGCUCAGCUUGAAGCCGGUGAAGAUCAGAGCACUAGUGAUAGCUUCAAGGGGAUCCGCUCACGAAGCCCAAGGCAGAUGCUCAAGGCUAGGGACAGCUCCACCAGGACCCUAAUGGACGUCCUGAAGAGCAGGAUGUAG